AUUUAGCUCCAAUGUUACAAAAAAAAAAAAUCUCAUAAGCAAGCCAUAAUGAUUCUAUAUACACAAGAGAUCCCUGGCUCCUCCUGUGAGAAUAGAACAAAACAAGCUCACAUUCUGUACUAAUCAUGGCCAAGGGCAAUCACAUUGAAUCCAUGAUUCCCCAUCUCCUUGUUCGUUUUCCUCGAUACAGAGAUUCCCUCUGUUUUUUAGGCGGUAAAAAGAUUUAAAGAGCAAAAAAAGAAAAGAUAAAAGGAAAAAGAACAAACAGGUGGGCAUUUAAUCAUUCCUGAGAGCUUCAGGUUAAAUAUUAAUGGCGGGCUCAGAUCUGUGAAGCUGUGAUCCCUCUUUUGGUGAGCUGUGGUUUUGUCCCUGUCCUUAGAAGAAAAUCCUUUUAACCUUUCCUUUACCCCGAUUUUUCUUACCUUUUUUUAUCUUUUCUAUGGUUCUCUGGAACUGUGAGCUCUCCAAAGUCCAAACAAAAGUAGCAGAGAGUAAGGACCAUCUUCAAUGGAGACUCCAAGUUCUCCCCUUUUUGAUUCUCCUUCUCUGUGAACCGACUUCUUUACUUGGUUUAACCCAAGAUGGAGUCUUGCUGCUCUCCUUCAAGGAUUCCGUGCUCAGAGAUCCUUUGUCGGUGCUUGCCGACUGGAACUCCGACGACGAGACUCCUUGCUCGUGGAACGGCGUCAUGUGCACCGGUUUCCCAGAGGCCGGCGGCGAAAACAGCUCGGCGGUUAGGAACUGGGACGAUAAUCCGUCUUCUUUUUCUGUGUCCAGGGUGAUAAGCUUAGUUCUUCCUGGCGCUCAGCUUUUGGGAUCCAUUGCGGGCGACCUCGGUCUCAUCGAGCAUCUCCGGCACCUCGACCUAUCUGGCAAUGUUUUCAACGGAACCUUUCCGGCGGCGCUGUUCAACGCGUCGGAGCUCCGCGUUGUCUCUCUGGGCGACAACGAGCUCUCCGGCGAGUUACCGGAGCUCUUCGGAAAGCUUCAGAGUCUCCAAGCUCUUAACUUGUCUGACAAUGCUUUGAUGGGCACCGUUCCUAGAAACCUUACCUUUCUCCCCAACCUCACCAUUGUCUCUCUCAGCAACAAUUAUCUCUCCGGCGAAAUUCCCGGCGGCGGGUUCAGAAAGGUCGAACUUUUAGACCUCGGGUCGAAUCUAUUGAACGGCUCCCUUCCGCCCGAUCUUACUGGAGAGAAUCUCCGAUACCUGAAUCUUUCUUACAACCGGCUCGCUGGCGAGAUUCCGCCGAAACUGGGGUCGAGGUUUUCGUCAAACGCGACGCUGGACCUCUCCUUCAACAAUUUCUCAGGCGAGAUCCCGCCUUCUGAAGCUUUCCUAACGCAAAAGGCGGCGGCUUUCGUCGGAAACCAGGAUCUCUGUGGCAAGCCGCUCAAGAAUCUCUGCACCAUCCCUUCCACACUGUCAAAGCCACCAAAUAACUCCUCGCCAGCAGCAAAGUCUCCCCCAGCCUUCGCAGUGAUGCCAAAAUCCCCGAAAGGCGAUUUUCCAGGAACAGGUUCUGGCGGUGGUGGCGAGAGCUCUCAUAGCUCAGCCAGUCUUAAACCAGCAACAAUCGCAGCCAUAGCCAUAGGAGAUCUCGCCGGACUCGGUCUUCUCUUCAUUCUAAUCCUUUUCUUCCAUCACAGCAAGAAAAAACAGAACCAAAACAGAGAAGUCAAACCAAUAAAGUCAGACCAAAGGGCACCAGAAGCAGACUCCAAGCGACACGGCGGUCUAUCCUUAUGCUUGCGGAAGAACUCCGGCGACGAAAACGAAACCGAAGAAACAUCAGAGAGCAAUAAUUCCUCCGAAACUGAAACAGAGGAAGAAGGAAAAGUAAAAGCCGCCGGAAAAGAAAACGGCGACAGCAAGUCAAUAGCCCAUGAAAAGAAUCAAGGUGGAAUCCUCGUAUCAGUGGAUGGAGAAACGGAGCUUGAGGUAGAGACGCUACUUAAAGCUUCGGCCUACAUCCUCGGAGCUACGGGAGCCAGCAUUGUUUACAAAGCCGUGCUCGCCGACGGCACAGCGUUCGCCGUACGCCGCAUUGGGGAAAGUUCCUCCAUUGACAAGCUCAAAGAUUUCGAGGCACAGGUCCGCACCAUUGCCAAGCUUCGCCAUCCUAAUAUUCUUCCGCUUCGCUGCUUCUACUGGGGAGCAGAUGAAAAGCUCCUUAUUCACCACUACGCCUCCAAUGGCAGCCUGGCCAAUAUCUUCUUUAGCAAGAAACUCGGCUCUUCUCCAUUCCACCUAUCCUGGGAAUCCCGCCUCAGAAUUGCCAGAGGAGUAGCCAGAGGCUUGGCUUACCUACACGAUAAGAAGUUCCUCCAUGGCAAUCUCAAGCCCAGCAACAUCCUUCUCUCAGCAGACCUGGAGCCCAUGAUCGGAGACCUCGGCAUCGACCGCCUCCUCGCCACCGACAAUGAGACCAAGCCCGGCACUUCCGCUCGACAAUUCGGCAGCAAAAGAUCGACUCUUUCACAAGGAAGCCUUCCCGAUUUAUCGUCAUCGACGGCCACCGGAGCCAGUCCCAUUGCCUCCAUCUCCGCCCCUCCUCCAUAUCAAGCUCCUGAGUCUCUAAAGAACCUGAAACCAAAUCCUAAAUGGGAUGUUUAUUCCUUUGGAAUGGUGAUUCUUGAGCUGGUAUCAGGGAGAGUUUUUCUUGAGGUGGAGAUUAUGCAGUGGAAUGUCGUGGAGGAGAAGAAGAGAGUGUUGCGAAUGGCUGAUCCUGCGUUGAGAGGAGAAGUGGAAGGAAAGGAAGAAGCUCUGUUGAGUUGUUUUAAGCUGGGAUUUGCCUGUGCUUCCACGGCUCCGCAGAGAAGGCCUUCAAUGAAAGAAGUCGUUCAAGUUCUUGAGAGGUUAGUUUUGGCUUCUGGGAGUUCAACUUGAUGGGAAUGUUGUGUAAUAUAAGCUAAUUGGUUGUUGUUAUUAAGAUUAUGAUUUGGAACAAAUGCUGAUUAAUGUUCUGUCCUUUUUCUUUUAAUUUGUUUUUUGUGGAUGUGUGUUUUCUGUUUUU